AUGGAAGGUGCACUGACGGCCCGGGACAAGGUCGGAGUGCAGGAUUUUGUGCUGCUGGAUGCUUACACCAGUGAAACCGCUUUUCUGGACAAUCUUCGAAAGCGUUUCAGCGAGAACCUCAUCUAUACAUAUAUUGGAACCCUCCUUGUGUCUGUGAACCCAUACCAGGAGCUCGGAAUAUACACUGUGAGCCAGAUGGAACUUUAUCAAGGGGUCAAUUUCUUUGAACUGCCACCACAUGUCUACGCCAUAGCCGACAACGCUUACCGCAUGAUGUGCUCUGAGCUAAAUAACCACUUCAUCCUCAUUUCCGGAGAGAGCGGGGCAGGGAAAACGGAGGCCUCCAAGAAGAUCCUUCAGUAUUUUGCGGUGACCUGCCCAAUGACCGAGUCCCUUCAGAUAGCCCGUGACAGACUCCUGCUCUCCAAUCCAGUGCUGGAGGCUUUUGGAAAUGCCAAAACACUCCGGAAUGACAACUCCAGCAGAUUUGGAAAAUACAUGGACAUACAGUUUGACUUUAAGGGCGUUCCUGUCGGCGGGCAUAUCAUCAGUUACUUGAUAGAAAAGUCUCGUGUCGUAUAUCAAAAUCAGGGUGAGCGGAAUUUCCACAUCUUCUACCAGCUACUAGAGGGAGGAGAAGAGGAGCUCCUUGCUUACCUGGGACUUGAGCGAGACCACCAGCUGUAUAAAUACCUCUCACAGGGUCAUUGUGCCAAAGAGUCAUCUAUUAAUGACAAGAACGACUGGAAAACUGUUUCCAAUGCCUUUUCUGUCAUCAAUUUUACUGAAGAUGACCUUGAGAAUCUCUUUGGCAUUAUUGCCAGUGUCCUUCACCUGGGGAACAUUUGUUUUGAAGAGAACCAGCAAGGCUGCGCCACCAUACCAGAUACCCAGGAGAUCAAAUGGAUUGCCAAGCUCCUAGGGGUCCACCCAUGGGUCCUUCUGGAAGCUCUCACCCAUAGAAAGAUUGAAGCCAAAACAGAGGAGGUGAUAUGCCCGUUGACGCCAGAACUCUCUGCCUAUGCUAGAGACGCAAUGGCCAAGGCUGUUUAUGGACGAACAUUUACUUGGCUGGUCAACAAAAUCAAUUCCUCCUUAGUGAACAAGGAUUUCACUGGGAAAACUGUGAUCGGAUUGCUGGAUAUCUAUGGGUUUGAAGUCUUCGACAAGAAUGGUUUUGAACAGUUCUGUAUAAAUUACUGCAAUGAGAAACUCCAGCAACUAUUAAUUGAGAGAACUCUAAAAGCAGAACAGGCGGAGUAUGAAAUGGAAGGUAUAGAGUGGGAACCAAUUCAGUAUUUCAACAACAAGAUCAUUUGUGACUUGGUAGAAGAGAGACACAAAGGAAUCAUUUCUAUUCUGGAUGAAGAAUGUAUUCGUCCUGGACCUGCUACAGACUUGAGUUUCCUGGAGAGACUAGAAGAGAAAGUGGGCAAGCAUGCACACUUCCAAACCCGGAAGCUGGCGGGUCCAAAGGGCCGAAAGAGGAUUGGCUGGAUGGAGUUCCGGCUCUUCCACUACGCAGGAGAGGUCACGUACUGCACCAAGGGAUUUUUGGAAAAAAACAAUGAUCUCCUCUACAGGCAUCUGAAAGAAGUGCUCUGCAGGUCCAGAAACAGAAUCCUGAAGGAAUGCUUCCUGGUGGCUGAGUUAGAAAACCGGAGGAGGCCACCAACCGUGGGGACUCAGUUUAAAAACAGUCUGAGCAGCCUUCUGGAAAUUCUCAUCUCUAAGGAACCUUCAUACAUCCGUUGCAUUAAGCCCAAUGAGAGGAAAGAACCCAACAAGUUCGAUGACUUCCUCGUAAGGCAUCAGGUCAAAUACCUGGGGCUGAUGGAGCACCUGCGGGUGAGACGGGCCGGCUUUGCAUACCGGAGGAAGUAUGAGCAUUUCUUGCAGAGGUACAAGUCCUUGUGCCCAGACACCUGGCCACACUGGCACGGGCCUCCAGCAGAGGGCGUAGAGCGGCUCAUCAAAUACAUUGGCUACAAACCCGAGGAGUACAAAUUAGGGAGAACCAAAAUAUUCAUUCGCUUCCCCAGAACACUGUUUGCUACUGAAGAUGCCUUUGAAUUUAGUAAACAUCAAUUAGUUGCACGAAUCCAAGGCACGUACAAAGGCUGCCUAGAAAGGAGAGCGUACCUGAGAAAAAGACAAGCAGCCAUUACACUCGAAGCCCACUGGCGCGGAGCCCUGGCUCGGAAGGAGGCCGAAAAGAGAAAGUGGGCUGUGCAGAUUAUAAGAAAGUUCAUAAAGGGAUUUAUCAAUCGCAACAAGCCCCUCUGCCCUGACAAUGAGGAGUUCAUCGUGUUUGUGCGGAAGAACUACAUCUUGAAUCUUCGGGACCAUGUCCCAAAGAACCUUUUGGAUAAGUGCUGGCUGAAGCCUCCUGGCAUCCUGGCAAAUGCAUCGGAGCUGCUCAGGAAAAUGUGCACCAGGAACCUAGUCCGGAGGUACUGCCGCGGGAUCACAGCCGAGAGGAAAGCCAUGAUGCAGCAAAAGGUGGUUACAAGUGAAAUAUUCAGGGAUAAGAAAGACGGCUAUGCAGAAAGCUUAAAUCAACCCUUUGCCAACAGCCGAAUAGAUGAAGGAGACAUUAGUCCCAAAGUGCUUCAACUCAUCAGCAGUGAGAAGAUCCAGUAUGGUGUCCCAGUCAUUAAAUAUGACAGGAAAGGCUUCAAGACGCGGCAGCGGCAACUCAUUCUCACUCAGAAGGCAGCUUACGUGGUGGAGCUUGCCAAGAUCAAGCAGAAAAUAGAGUACUCCAUGCUCCAAGGUGUCUCUACCAGCAGCCUCAGCGACGGAAUCUUGGUCCUUCAUGUGUCGCGGGAAGACAAUAAGCACAAGGGGGACGCCGUCUUGUGGUGCGAGCACGUAUUUGAGGCAGUGACAAAGCUCGUCAUGCUGGUUCAGAAGGAGAACAUUGUCACCGUGGUCCAGGGGAGUUUACAGUUUUAUAUUAGUCCCGGAAAAGAAGGCACAAUAGUUUUUGACACUGGACCAGGAGAACAAAUCUAUAAAGAUAAAAACGGACACCUAACAGUGGUGUCUGUCCGCACAAAGUCCUGAUGGAGGAUGACAUCUGACCUCUCUCAACGCCACUUUUGCUCUGACAGAGGAAAGCACCCAAGAAGUGGGAAUUUGGUCCAGUUAGCAACACCUUCAAGCAAAGGUUUCAGCAGCUCAGGCAAAGGAUCGCCUCUGAAGAAACGGAGUGGCAUCUUAUGCCAAAGCCCAACCCCUCAGGAGUCCUGUGACAUUAAAAUGUCCUCUUCAGGGAGCCAACCUCAAGUCACCCAACAAGGUGGUUUUAAAUGUCCCCAAUGGGACGGACACUUGAUAGGCACUUGAACAGAUCAUUAAAGGGUGGGCGAUAGCUGCCCCUGAGGCACAAUGAAGUGUUAUCUCUGGUCUGGGAGCAUAAAGCUGCACAAUUUGAAUUUUGCUUUAAGUAAAUGGAACUCAAACAUACCUAGUUCCUUCCCAGCUUUAGGUUCCACAUGGCAAGCUGCAGUUCUCCAUACCAAAGAGUCAAUCAGAGGCGAUGCCCGCUGUCUGCUCUUUCAUCAGCCUGGCAGCAUGUCCACCUAAGAUGCCUCUAUGUCUGAAUUCAAACACAGCAGAAAAGUAACUCCUCUUAUCUGCCCUGAGCAACUUUAAGGUGAUAAAGGAGAAGGUGGGAUCUCUGCCUUGCUCUCUUUGCUGUAAACUGCACUUUGCUUCUGUGGCUGAACUGUGCUAGACGUUUCUGAAAACAGCCAGAAAAAGAUUUAAGCAGAAGCAUUAUACAACCUUUAUUUUACACAUGUCCAUCAAUGCUUGUACAACACAGUGACUACUUCUAGUGCUCAGAGUAUUUCUUCCUGUAGCACAAAGAGACAGAAAGGUUAGUGACACACGCGUGUUACAUACAGUGACUCCGGGGGGAGCCCUAAAAGGCACACAUUCCAGAGGGAGAGCUGGGUAGCAGCACAGCCACCAGCCUGCUAAGCCACCACAGGAAGGUGACGGAGAGACUGUCCUCGGCAGAAGCCCCAGUCACCACCAUCAGAUGACUUUUUGAAAAACCUUG